ACAUGGACACGCAAUGUGGGGAUCUCUCGGCUCUAAGUAUCUCUGACAAGUCUUCUGAAACUCCUGCCGAAUCGAUUUGCAAUGCGAGUACGUGUCGGGGAGAGCAUGAGGACAAUGCUGGCGGAUUUGGGGAAUUAUCGCAGCUGCCUAUUGAAAUAAACGAGAGACGUCCCACUUGUUUACGGUGUGGCCGCCCCCAGAAAGUGUGUCUAUGCCCGUUUCUGCCAGCAUGUCAUCUGGAGGUGUCCACAAGUCUUUAUAUUGUGCAGCAUCCUGCAGAAGAGAGUCGAGUGCUUCGCACUGUUCCCCUUCUGGCAGCCUGUCUUCCUCCUGAAAAAUGCAAAGUCUUUGUAGGAAGGAGAUUUAAUGAGGAGAGGAACCCUGAGCUGGCAGCUGUGUGUCAGGACCCCAGAACCCUGAUUCUGUAUCCAGGUCCCGAAGCGGGGAACUUAGAGGACAUGAACGUGGACUUCUCUGCUGCUCCAUACAACGUCAUCAUUAUAGACGGGACAUGGAGUCAGGCUAAGGACAUGUUCCACAGAAAUGCUCUCUUUCGCUUGCCCAAGCAGGUGCAGCUGAACAGCUCUCCCUCCAGUCAGUACGUGAUCCGCACCCAGCCCACCAACAUGUGCCUUUCCACGCUGGAGUGCGCGGCUGUCACCUUGGCCAUAAUGGAGAAGAACAAAGCCAUCGAGGAGCUGCUCCUGAGACCCUUGAAGGCCCUCUGCUCCUUCCAGCUGCAGCAUGGUGCACAGGUGCAUCACAGUAAGGAGCACCUAUUGCGGAAUGGCAUGUACGACAAACCCAUGCCCAAGAACAAGCGCAAAAUUAAGAGGAUGGAGCGGCUCGUCUCCAACCAGAACAUUUAGAGAAAAAAGGGGGGUGGGGGGGGGGCAGC